GGACCUUAACGUUGGAUAAGUUGCAUAUUAGUUAGAUUUGUGAGAUAGAUGGUAAAUUUAUAUCAUUAUGAUGUCACCAUUAGAUAUAGUUUUCCACAAUAUGCGAGACUUUGAUUGCUUAAGAAAUUGUCCAAAUUUCUUCAUGACCAAGACUUUCAAAGUAGUCCAAAUCAUGGAAGUUUUAGCCAAAGAGAGUUCCAUUAGAUAUAGUAGGUUAAAAAAUCUUUAAAGUCUUUUGUCCAUCAAUGUGAUAAGCCUGUUGACAACUCAUUCCAACCACCGAAAGGAUUGAUCAGUUUCUACCCUUACAGACCGGCAAAAGUAACAUAAGAAGUCGGUCAAGGUAAACCAUAGAACCCCAGAUGCUUGUCAAUGAACAUAUCAUUUUCUAGUGGCUAAUAUUUUUUAAGGUCCUUAGGCUACUUACGUUGGACCUCAUUAUAUCUUUGCUUUUGCUUGAACCAUUCUUUUGUUUUUUCUUUCUCACCUCCUUUUCAAACUAAAUCAUAAAUUCAAAUAUAAAACAAAGCUAAAACCAAGUCAAGAGGCUUCUUUAUCAUGCUACACCUACCACACACAAUUUUCCUUUCUAUGUUCUUUCUUCCAAGUCUAUGCAUUUCUUCUCCUAUGUUUCCCUCUUCCUUUUUCUUGUCUUCCAUCCAAAUGCACAUCCUCAAACUCUAUAAGCCUUUCCAUAUAUGCAUCCUUGUAAUCAUUUUAAGCACAUUUGCUAUACCAACUCUUUCUAUAGAUGAAAAGUUCGUGGCUUGCGCACCUCAAACCUGUGGAAAUGGACAGGAAAUAAGUUAUCCUUUCUGGCUUUCUCAUCAACAAGAAUCCUUUUGUGGAUAUCCGAACUUUGAGAUCAUCUGUACUCAUGAAAACCCGAUUCUAAGAAUUUCGAAUGAUGAUUAUAUCAUAAAGGAAAUAUUUUACUCAAACCAUUCUUUUCUAGUGGCCAAUGCUGCUGUUUACCAUGAGAAAUGCUCAGUUCCUCAAAACAACUUUAGCCUUGAUGGAACUCCAUUCAGCUUUAGAUCUGAUCCCGUCAAUUUUUCCUUCUUUUACAAUUGUACUUCUCAACCCUCAGAAAAAAUCUUCCCCUAUCGAGUCAGCUGUGUUAGCAAUGAAACCCACCAUUCAUUUGCUGCUUUUCAUGUGGAGGCAUUGCAGCACAUGAACUAUUCGUUUAGCUCGUGCGAAUCUUUAGUUCGUGUGCCUGCUAAUAUGGUUUCUGGUGUGGAGUUUAAGAGCUUGUUGAAUAUGAAUUAUACUGAAAUCUUGGAGAUGGGAUUCCUUUUGAAUUGGAAUGCACAUAGUUGUGGUAGUUGUGAGACGAGUGGUGGGCGUUGUGGAUUGAAUGCUAAUGAAUUCAUUUGUUUUUGUGAUGAUCGACCUCAUAAAAAAACCUGCGAUGAUGGGAGGGAUUGGAAACUCAAGACUGGCAUAGGUAUAGGCGGUGGUUUUGUUGGGAUACUAUUGAUGUCCAUUAUAUUCUAUAUCUAUCAACGCCGCAAAAGAAAGCAAAGUGCUCCGAGAUCCUUGUUGUCUCGUGACAUAUCUUCUGACAUCUCAUCAGUGAAGGAUGUCGAGAAGGGAAGCUCGUAUCACGGAGUCCAUCUCUUCACCUAUGAAGAGCUUGUAGAAGCGACUAGUUGUUUCGAUUCGACAAAAGAACUUGGAGAUGGAGGAUUUGGCACAGUGUAUUAUGGGAAACUCCGAGAUGGACGAGUUGUUGCGGUCAAGCGUCUCUAUGAAAACAAUUUCAGGAGAGUGGAGCAGUUCAUGAAUGAAGUUGAGAUUUUAGCUCACCUGCGUCACAAAAAUCUGGUUUCGCUCUAUGGCUGUACAUCCCGCCACUCUCACGAACUCCUCCUGGUAUACGAGUACAUUCCCAAUGGAACUGUUGCUGAUCAUCUUCACGGAGAAAGAGCAAAACCUGGUGCCCUGCCAUGGGCUAUCAGAUUGAAUAUUGCUGUAGAAACUGCAAGCGCAUUGAAGUAUCUCCAUGCUUCUGAUGUCAUUCACCGCGAUGUGAAAUCCACCAACAUUCUCCUGGACAAUAACUUCUCUGUCAAGGUAGCAGAUUUUGGAUUGUCUCGUCUCUUCCCAACUCAUGUCACUCACGUUUCAACCGCUCCACAAGGGACUCCCGGUUACGUUGAUCCAGAGUAUCAUCAAUGCUAUCAGCUCACCAGCAAAAGCGAUGUCUUCAGCUUCGGUGUGGUCUUGAUGGAGCUUGUAUCUUCCUUGCCUGCUGUUGACAUCACAAGGCACAGACAUGACAUAAACUUGUCUACCAUGGCCAUGAACAGGAUCCUAAAUCAUGCACUGCAUGAACUAGUAGACCCGAGUCUCGGGUUUGAUACAGACCCUAGGGUGAGGAAAAUGAUAACUGCUGUAGCGGAAUUGGCAUUUCAGUGUCUGCAACAGGACAAGGACUUGAGACCAUGUAUGGUUGCUGUGCUGGAUGGACUAAUGGCAAUACAAAGUGGGGAUUACAGCACGGAUAACACAGAGAGGAUCGAUAGCGCAGCUGAUGAAACUGUUUUGCUGAAGAAAGGUCCACUUUCACCAGAUUCUGUCGCAAUUAAUUGGGAUAGCAGGAUUACAACGCCAAAUGCAAGCGGUUAAAGUUUUCUUGUAAAUUUUAGUUAAUCUUGCAAUAGUAUCGAUAAGAAUACGCAGGUACUAUCCACAAUAUAAGCCAAAAAGUGGGAGACUGCCUUUUUUCCCCUACUAAAUCUUUGAUGUCUUGAAUGAGAUGUACAUAUUGUGUC